AUGGACUGCAGCGUCACCGGGCGACCGCUACCCCCCGCGGAGAACGACUUCCGAGAGUGUCAGAGGUCGACUGCACCUGCACGGAUCGAUGCGCCAGUGUGGCAGCACAGGGGUAAAGCGGUCCGAUCGGGCGUAAUCGAUCCGGACUGCAGCCCUGGCGCGGCGGCGGCCGUGGGCACGGGCACGAGGAGGAGGAGGAGGAGAAAGCAGGAAGAGGAGGAGGAGGGGAGUGAUGGAGAGGAAGACCAGCACAACGAGCUGGAGGAAGUCUCGCAGGAGAAGCCGUCAUCUCCGCUGCUCACCGAAGCGCAGCCAAUCCUGCCAUCUGUAGAGGAGGACCCUGUCCCUUCCCCUGCUGAAGCCCUCAAGGUCACCCCCAAGAAUGAGGAGGAAGAAGAGGAAAAGGAGGAGGAAGAGGAGGAACUGCCUCCACAGCUGCAGCCUCAGCAACGUGAGGCUGAGGAGGAGGAUGAGGAGGAUGAAGAAGAGGAAGCUGACGAGAAAGCCAAAGAGAAGGCAAGCGAGACAAACGAACCUGCAUUGCCCGUCGCUACGCAGGAGGCUGUGAGUGAGGAGAAAACGCCAGCUGCAGAGGAGGAGGAGGUGCCCACGCAGGAAGCUAAGGUGGGGGAGAAAGAAGAGGAGGGGAGCAGCAGUGAGUCGGACAGCAACGGCUCGGCAUCUGAGAGCGACGAGGAGGAUGAGGAGGAGGAGGCGCGGCAGAGAAUCCGCCGGCCGUCCGAGGAGGAGACCAAGGCAGCGGUCAACUCGAUCGCUCCGACCACCGAGUCGCUGGCCGACGACCUUGACCCUCAGCCACCUGACCUUACUGACCCUGCCCCGCCCGUGUUGGUUCCCUCUCCCGCCGCCGCCACCCCCGUCGCCGUGGAGACGGUCCCUGAGCGUGAGACGCUGGAGGAGGUAGGGGAAGAUGAGGAGGAGGAAGAUGAGGGAGAGGAGGAGGAGGAGGAGGAGGAGGAGGAAGAUAAGACGAAGAACCAGGAGGAUGCAGCGGACGAGGAUGCAGCGGAGGCGGUUGCCGCGGCGACGAGCGAGGAAGCGGCCGGUGACAUGGAGAUCGUGCGUCUGGCACAGAAAAUCCAGAAGGACAACGAGGCAGCAGCAGCGGCGGCAGCGGCGACGACGACAACAGGACAAGAGGGCGUCACCGUGGCAGGGGACUUAGAGGACGACUCCUUUCCCUCGGAGCUCGACGACGUUGAUGACGUUAACGACAUGAACGCGAUGGACUCGAUGGAUUCGGACAUGACCAACGUCGACGACGCGUACGAUCAGAGCCAGCAGAUGGCGCCGGCGGCGCCCUCGGCCGAGUCGGUGUACGUCCCGGAUGCGGGGCAGCAGCAGCAGCAGCAACAGCAGCAGCAGCAGCAGCGCCACCUGGUGCAGCAGCAGCACGACGUGAUGGCGAUGCAGCAGCCGCAGCCGUCGCCGCUCAUGAUGCAGCCGUCGCCCCACAGGGUGCAGCACUCGCCGCACGUGCGCGCGUCGCCCGGCGUCGCCCACCAGCUGUCGCCUCCGCACAGCCACCACAGCCUCGACGCGAUGCCGCACAGCGCGGGCCGCAGCGUCACCAGCCCCGCCGAGAUGAACAUGGAGGUGCAGUCGGCGACGGCGGGCGGCGGCCCCGCGAUGAUGCAGGAGUGGUCGGGCAUGCAGGGCGUCGCGCCCGUCUACGGAGAGAUGGCGGCGCAGGGCUACGGCACCUCGCAGCAGCUCGAAAUCGACCCGUCGACCCUCGGACUCGAAUCGCCGACCUCGAUCAGCUCCAACGAGAUGCCCGGCAGCAACUGCAGUUCGUCGCUCGAGCAGGCGCCGUCCACGCAGGGGUACGCCGACUGCGCGCAGGUUCAGACGAGCUAUAGCUGCAACGGGACGCCGUCGGCGGGCAUGCCGGCCGACUACAUGGACGGUCACGGUCACAGCGUCGCCGUCAUGCAGGGGAAUGCGUCCGCGGGCUACGCCCCGCCCUCCACGACGAUCAGCAACAACGCGGGAGGGGGAGGGGGCUACGCGCCGAGUCACACGCCGAUCCCGGCGCUGCCUUCGCACGCGUCCGCGCCGCCGCCACCAAUGUCGAUCGCCUUCCAGCAGGCUACUCGUGUGCGGUGA